AUGCAUUGUGAUUUUCAGGACGACCCCUUCGGAAUUCUCCCACCGCUGAACCAGAUGCAUCACUCGCUGCCUCUGCGUUCGAUAUACCCGGCUGUAGUUGACAGUGAAGCUACUUAUACAAACUACACGCAGAAGUUCCAAGGAACGUUGGACUAUAUAUGCUUCACACAAAACUCUCUGAGAGGCCUCGCAGUGUCUAAUACAUACAGCUAUGAGGAGCUCAGCGCUGAGACGGCGUUGCCGAGCCCUACUCAACCGAGUGAUCAUAUACUUACUGUUGGUGUAUUUGCAUAUACGUAG